CUCAAAAAUACUGCACAGACAGACACCUGACUGACACACCUGGCACAAAGAUGUAACAAAACACACAGGGUGAGCGAUACAUUGAUCGCCCGCCCUUCACAAAUCAAUGCAGCCCCACUCUGUAUCGCACUGCGUGGAUGCGCCACCUGUAUCCAUCCACUCACUCAUGCAUUAGCCACACAGGGCGGCACAUACACAAACGAGGCAAGGCAUUCAUUCGAUCAGCAGCAUUCACUCCUCUGUCUCGGCUUUGUCUCUCAGGAAAGCGCCGCUCCUGGUUGUUGUCUCAUUCCGCCUGGCCCUCUCAAUGGUAGCAGGGGCGUCGUCGCACACGAUAGUGAUGUCGCUCUGGAAGCCGCUCUCGCACAGAUUCGUGACGAGAAGCGCGUAUGCGCCAGGCUCCACAAUAAGUGCUGGGGGGCUUGUAGGCCCCACUGUCGCGCGAAGGACCGACGGCUCGAAGUACAGUCCACUCUCGCAGCCCCGAAACACAUGCACCUGUGUCGUGUCGACCGACUCAUCAUUGUUGGCGUUCAGGCUCAACGACGCGGGGCGUCCAAACUCCGCCAAGACCAGCCGCUGCGAGUACGACUUGCCCGGGCAUUCCUCAGUGACCUUCGUGUCGAACACGGGAAGUGGGCUGUUGAGCUCCGUCACGUCGAAAGUAACACGCUGGCCUCCACCAUCGCAUGCCUGGGGUCCAUCAGGCAGCAGAUUGAUGACGAAGUCAUCGUCCAAAGUGCUUGGCGGGCAGCCCGCUGCAGAGACACACAGCGAAUCCAUGAAGAGCAGAUGAGCAAUGGGUACACGUGUGGCUGUGUAUGUCUGUUGUACGUAUGGGAAGUUCUUGUGUGCCAGGCUCCAGCGCAAUAAAAGGGAGCCUCUCGGCGCCGAUGAAGCGCCGAAUGCGGGGCGACUGGACCGGCGAACGGGGCGCGAACUCGGGGACUGAAAGGGGGCUCAGAGGGGAGAGGAGACAGGGUGUGAGCAAGCAAGCGUCUUUUUCUCACUUUCAACUUGGCAGUUCCUUUUGACUACUGUGCCCUCUAUCGACAGCGCCUCCUCAGGCAGCUCCGGGUAGAUGAUUGCGACCAGGCUGUCGCCCGCACGGAUGGUGCCAUCCAACUCAUUAUACGUCAGCUCCGAGGCUGACGUGUCGACCACUAUCUCGUCCGCUCUGCACCCUCCGUCUGGGGUCAGACCGAAGUUCAGCGACGUGUCCACUGUGUGGGGUGCCCCAUCGCCCGAGUCGGUCACGAAGAUGCGCGCUCCUUGCUCGCCCGAUUCCACAUCGAGGGAAAGGAAAAUAGUGUCCCGCCUGCCGUCGUCUUCACUUGGUGAUAAACCAUAGAUCUCGAUGGCGCUCGAGUCGCUCAUGGAGCCCUCGACGGUGAUGUAGUCGCUCCCCGGGCCGCCAGUGAUGGUGAGAGACAGCGUGUCACCGGCCGGUGCAGUCGUGACCUUAAUGCAGUCGUCACCGGCCAGCGCGUCGACGAUCAGGUCUCCACCGGCAGGUGGAUCGACGGUUGCCUCGAUAAUGUCAGCAUUGGGCGUUCCUGGGCACGGUAAAGCUCCGUCUCUGAGCGUGCAUUCCACGUUGGGGUCCGCGUGUCCCUCGGCCGCUGCCAAACACGUGGGAAUGCCAUCUGAAAGACAGGGGCACAGUCAAAGCCAUGUCCAUACUGUAUGUCCGUUGCAGCUGCGGCCUUACCGAGAGAUGUCACUGCUGCGAACGCGUCGACAAGUCCGAACCCAGUGGCAGCGUCGUAGCCCUCGUCGAAGCCCCCGCCCCCCUGCUGGCUCAGGUCGAUCACAUCGUCCAUGUCCACAGCCGUCUCCUUCAGGACGGCAGCAAGCUCAGCGGGUGUCAGCGUGGGAUCCCAUUCCAGCAGCAGGGAGGCCACUGCCGCGACGUGCGGCGCCGCUACUGAUGUGCCGAAGAACGAUGGAAACCCACUGCCGUCCUCAUCUUCCCCGAGGAAUGUAGUGUCGGUGCCGUCGACCCCAGUGACGUCAGGCUUGCGUCUGACUUCGGGGUUCUCAAGUCGGUUGCCGUCUACAUCGAAGAGGAUGGGCGUGUUGCCGUGGCCAGAGAAGGGCUCGGCAAUGGGCGGAGACACCUCGUCGUACACUGGCGUGUCGGCGUACUGCAGCGACCAAAGACAAGAGAGUGACUCAAGAGAGAACGUCUAUCCGUGUUUGUCUCUCCUCACGUAUGCUGCCCCCACGGUAAGGGCGCCCUCGACAUUGGGAUGACCGAAAAUCGUUGGGCCGCCGUUGAAGAAGGUGACCGGGUAGGCAUCGCCGUCGGAUAUAAAGAGGUACUUCAUCCUCUCCGGCGGCUCGCCUUCCUUCAGCACGAUGCGCAUCUUGUAAAGCUCGGAGUCUGGGUCGAUGAAGGGAUUCUCCGUCACCUCACUCUGGUCGAAAAAGACCUGUUCGAGGGGGUCGCGAUUAAUGUUCUCGUCGCGCCCGCCAACAUUGGCGAUGACGUUGUCGUCCAAAUCAAACAAGACGAUGUCAAGGUCAGAAGUGGAGCCACACUCCCCGCCGCACGCAGAAGCGAAUGGCUCGUCCUGCCAUCGACAAUUGACACAUGGAGAAAGGAGCAGUUGGUGUGUGAUGGCUUUGUUAACCCACCCAUUGGAAUAUCAGAGUGAAGCUGUCGUCCCUCGGCACACGGAUGAGCUGUCGAGGACAAGGCCGAACACGAUGAGGAGGUGUUCUAUGGACGCUGUCGGGAUCACCUGAUAGUUGACGACAUUGUCCUCCGUGCCGAAAUUGUGCACGGGUAGCGUCUGUUCCUCUCCAAGGCCGAAGUAGUCGUAGGGGUCCGCUACUAAAUCUAUCGUCCCGCCAUCUCGCCACGUGUUCUCAAAGGCGUUGAUGCCAUCACUGGAGGCAACAGAUGCACACACCAGAAUCAGCCCACGAGGACAAACGUCGUAGGUGUGGUCUGGUUCUUACUUGCUGGCUGCUGUGAUGUAGUGGACGCCAUCCUGGACCACCUGGUCCACUGUCUGGGCUACGAUGCCGUCCUGGAAGAACGGCUCAUUCAAAACAGCUUUCUGACAAAUGACAUCAGUGCGUAAACAUGCCACUUGCCCGUCAGCUCCCUGCUUACAUCAUCGACGAGUAUGUCGUUGUCCUCUGCCAGCCGCAAGAUGGCAUCGACAAAGUUAUCACGGCCAACCCCCGUGUCGUCCGUCAGAGUGGGCGCAAAGCUCAGCGCAGCAUGGGGGGCCAGGUCAUAAAUUGACUGGGCAAUGGCUGCACGUCCACAAAGAGGUGCAGUGCAUUCCUGUAUGUGGAAGUUCGCGUACCUCUCCCUUCAUCCAGCUGGCUGCCGAAGAAGUCGGGGUAGUCACGUGUCACAUCGACGUCAGCAGGGAGGUCGCCAGUCUCCUGAUCAGUUUGUUGUCCACCGGUGGUGUUGAAGGAAUUCGAGAGGAUGCCUAUGGACACGCCACGGCCCGUCAGCCCAAGCCGCUUUCGCACCUCAUCCACCCGCAUCGCCGCAUCCGCCUGCAGACAGCCACAUCAGCAGAGAACGAUACAGUCAAUGGACUCACUCGACCGACAUGCCAUUCGUGAUCACCUGACUGGUCGCAUCCCCACGCGCCGGAUCAAAGCUCCCGAGAGCGUCGAGGCGGCGCCCCUUGUCGUGAACGGGGGAGCUGUAGCUGCCGCGUUUCCGUUUCUGCAUGAAGAAGGUUCUCCGUGCAUACAGCAGCUGCGGUAUGGACGCAAGCUUGCUGACGCGGGCGACAGGGAAGAGGCCCGACACAACUCGCCCAUGCACGACAGCCGCCUCCAUCCCAAGGCCCUGCAGAGCAUCCCGCAGCUUCGCCGCAUCCUUUCUGCUCGUCGCCGUGGCGUCGAUGGCAACGUGUUGGUCAGGGCGAAUGUGGAUGCGGGCUGGUGUCUUGGCAGCUCUUCUUGUCGGUGCUGAUGGCACAACAGUGGGAAAGGCGAGCCUUCCACGUGGCUCUGUUUCGCUGUUGAUGCCGAUGAGAUUUGUGAGUGUCCAGCUCAGUUUCUUCUUCAGGGGUUCUUGUGUGCAGCAUUGAGUAAUCAGCAGAGCGACAAUGGACAGCAGCCUCGCUGGCCUCUCCGAAGAGAGCUUCAUCAU